AUGCGCUCUGAAGAAGCCUGUCUAUUAUUCUGCAGUGACACCAGAUCCCGAUGUCGAUCGAUCGUCUACGAUUCCGUGCAACAUAUCUGUCAUUUCUUUCUGGACUACGGUAACGAUUUCACUAUUCCUGCAGCGAAAAUGAUAUAUCUGAAGGUCACCAGCACCGAGUGCUUAGAUCCUUCGUCGAGUGAGGCAAACAACGUGGACCAGAGUUCUCGUGAAGCGUCAGUAGCCGCACCUCGGCCUGCUGCUGUAGCAGUACCUCAACCUAAUGCUAUAGCUCCACCUCAGCCUGCUUCUAUAGUUGCACGUCAUCCUGCGGUAGUAGCUCCACCUCAGCCUAUGAUACCUCCCGGGCAAUUCAUCAUUCCACCAACGCCAACGGCUUCCUUUGAACCGGUAACUGAAGCAGCGAUCGUCGAAACGACGCUUGUAACAACAACUGACAUGUUCGCGGACUUUACUACGCCGGAGAGCCUUUUUGAGGAAGGAAUUCCUUUCGCAGUGCCUGUCCUUGAUAAUGCUGAAGAAGACCUCGAAAUGGAGAAACUCGGUCGUAAAAACGAGUUAAUGCGAGAUAUAAACGGGCUUGAAAAUCACGACAAAAGCCACGCCGCCCAUCCGCCGCCUGUCAGAGCCGUAAAACUUCUGCCUGCUCGAGUUCUGCCUGCCCGAGUUGAGCCCAUCGAGGUGCCUAUCAAAGUAGAGCCUGUUCAAGUGGAGGCCUUCGUAGAAAAGUCAACCAUGAGAGCACCAACAACGACCCAAAGCAACAACUAUGUCGAAGGAUCAGUACAGAAAAAAUUGGAACAGCUUAAGCGCAAAUAUCCAAGCAGAUACGCGCAAUAUCUUAUCGAUAAAGAAGAAGGUUUCGCCAUGCAUUCGCCGUCCACAUUGCCAACAAUGUCAUCAACAUCAACAACAACAACGACAACAACAACACCAUCAUUGAUCGAAGACGUUUUCACAGCAAUCCCUGUCGUUGAAAACAAUCUCUUUAUUGAAGAUGCAGAAGUUUUGGCACCUGCUAUUCCUGUGAGACCGAAAAUUAACAGAAGAACGAUGUUUCCCGGAAAACGAAUCGCCUUUUCGGAUGAUCACAUGUUUUCAAGGAAGAUCGAUGGAGCAGACAUACGAAGACAUCAGCAAAAAAGGCUCAAGCAAGUGACACUUGGUGCUCCAACUCCAACUCCAACAGCACCAUCAUAUGUUAAUAAGGCUCGAAAUUUCCUGGAAAUGGUGAACGUCAAAGAGAGCAGCUCGGACGCUGUGAAAAACAGUGUUGGUGGAAGCACAAAUGGACAGUUCAGCGAUGGUGAACAAUGGAGAUUUCCUUGGUAA